UGCUCCGAGCUGGCUGCGCCUCCUCUGUGCAUCUACUCCUCGCACACACCAGCUUCCAGAUCUCUCUUCUGACGCACACGCAUGUGUAUGUAUGUGUGUGUCUCUAUAUACCGUGUAUAUAUCUAUGCAGUUGUCUGUUGCACACGCACAUGCACACAGACACCCAGCGCGCUAGGCUCCUAGAUUUUCUUAGGCUGCUGAUGUCGGAUUUACAGGCAGUGAAGGGACCAGCAUUGCAAAAGGGGGCGUGACAGUUUAAAUAUCCCCCCAAUAAAACAUUUUUUUUUUUGCGAAACUGACUUUUGUUCUCCCCCUCCCCCGCCGCUGCAUUCAAGUUUAUUUGCUUGCUAGGGCGGAAUAUUUUUUCUUCAGAGGGAAAAGCUGCUGGGCAAGACCAAGACGAAGGUUUGAUUUGUUUUCUGAUGUAGUCCUCUGAGGGGUGCUUGCUUUCCUUCCCACUCCCUUCGCCUUUUCAAACUGUUUCGUCCUUUUUCCCCAAGUCGAUGGUUCAGGGAUGGACCCUGCUUUAUUCUAACACAGACACUUGGGGAAGCCGAAGGAGGAGAUUGCUGCUGCUCGUCCUGCGGCUCCAGCUCGUUCCCUAUGCAGAGGAGGCGGCUUGACACCAGCAUCACUAGAGGAGUUUGUGGGCUUUCAGUUUCCCCUUCUGUGAGGUUCGGCUGGUUUUACAGCCUCUCCUAAAACACCCUGAUUUCCAUCUGCUCGCGUCCCGCGCCGCAGAACUGCUUGGAUUGGCCGCUUUUUGUGCCGUUGCUGUGGCUCGCUCCGUAGUGCAUCCAGCGCUCAGGAACAGGAAGGACAAAAACCCACCCCACGAAGUCUCCUCCAACCAAGACACACUCUGUGCUGCAGAGCAGGCUCCCCAACUCCAUCCGCGCAGCAGCCAGACUCUUCGGGGCUCGCCUGCUGCCAUUCUGCAGCGGUGGGGGGAGAGCUGCAAACUUUGUACUUGCGGCACGGAUUCGCCUCCCGCACGGCCCAGCUGCCUGGACACGUUCCCAGGACCCCGGGGGGGAGGGCGCCAGGGGCAAGAUUUGUAGCUGCUGCUGCUGCUGCUUUCUCUCCAUCCUCGCGCGCUUACCUGAACCGGUUGCAGCUGCCUCCAGAGCCGGAGGGCUGCGAAGGAAGGACGGACAUUGAACCCCCUCCCCGCAUGUGCCACGAGCCACCAAGUAACUUUGCAAGAGGCCGGAGAGCGGUGCCUUGACAGGAGCCACCCCCACCCGCAGCCUAGCGCUAACAGCCUCCCGGCGCCGGUGUAUGUCUCCCCGUGGGCUCCGCACUGAACUCCCGGUGAAUGUUCCCCGCCCGCCGCCCGCUGCUGCCGUCGCCCGGCUCGGAUCUCACCUCCCCCUGCCGGGGUGACUAAGCUCCAGCGGCUCCCGAAGGGACCCAAGGACCCCCCCCCCCUCCGCACACCCUGUUGGGGGGGCGUCUCGCUGCGGCUCGUCAGUGCAGCCUCCUUGUGACCCCCCUCCCUGCCCUCUCCGUGUGUCUGGCUGUGACUUGACUGACUGACUGACUGAUCCCCCGGCGGCGGCGUGGGCCGGGACUCAGUGAUGUUGCACGUGGAGAUGUUGAUGCUGGUGUUUCUGGUGCUCUGGAUGUGUGUGUUCAGCCAGGAUCCCGGCUCCAAGGCGGUGGCCGAUCGCUAUGCCGUCUACUGGAACAGCACCAAUCCUAGAUUCCAAAGGGGUGACUACCACAUUGAUGUCUGCAUCAAUGAUUAUUUGGAUGUGUUCUGCCCUCACUAUGAGGAUUCGGUGCCAGAAGAUAAGACUGAACGCUAUGUUCUUUACAUGGUGAACUUCGAUGGCUAUAGCUCCUGCGAUCACACCUCCAAAGGAUUCAAGAGGUGGGAAUGUAAUCGGCCACAUUCACCGAAUGGACCAUUGAAGUUCUCAGAAAAAUUCCAGCUCUUCACUCCCUUCUCUCUAGGAUUUGAGUUCAGGCCAGGCCGGGAAUAUUUCUACAUCUCUUCUGCAAUCCCAGAUAAUGGAAGGAGGUCCUGUCUAAAGCUUAAAGUCUUUGUGCGGCCAGCAAACAGCUGUAUGAAAACUAUAGGUGUUCAUGAUCGUGUUUUCGAUGUUAACGACAAAGUAGAAAAUUCAUUAGAACCAGCAGAUGAUACCGUACAUGAGUCAGCCGAGCCAUCCCGCGGUGAGAAUGCAGCACAGACACCGAGGAUAUCCAGCCGGCUUUUGGCAACCUUACUGUUUCUCUUGGCGAUGCUUUUGACAUUAUAGCACAGUAUAUUCCAGUAACCUGUCACAGAAAACAUCAGGGUCUUGGAACAACAAAGAUCCACCUAACUGCUCCUCCAAAGAAAGGGACUUUAUAUUGGUUUUGCAGAUGUCAAAAAAAAUUUUUUGGCAGAGGGGGGUUUGUUUUUUUCCUUUCAACCUGAACUAUGAGCAAGAAUUUGAGGGGAAUAACUAGUUUCAGUUCCCAACCUUCCCCAUGACUUUCCUUGACCCCUCCAAAAAUCAAAGGACUCAAAGUGAAAAUGCCAAAUUAUAACAGUGAUACUAGUGAUUCUUAUUUUCCUCUUCAUUCUCCUUUAAGAAGUCACCUCCACUAGCUCUCUGUGUCAUCUGUAUAUGGAUACGGAAGAAUAGUGGCAGAUGCAGUCAGGAUAAGGAAGGAUAAGGAACCUGAGUGGAAGCCCAGGAGGGUUUUACUCUCCAAUACAAUAUUUAUGCCUUCUCGUUCAGUACUGUAAGAUGAUCAUGCAAGGCAUCAUGUCACCAUGUCAGGACUGGAGGGGAAAUAUUAAGAACAGAUAUAACACUAUUUUCUCUAGGAGUUUCUAAAUGAACAGGCUUCUAAAAGGAAGAGACACUGUUUCUUGUAAGACUGUCUUGAAACAUCAUUGACAGUAAAAACCUAUGCUCCAUAAGAGAAGCUCUGUCGUUAGAAAAAAAAUAUUAAUAUUUAGGAAUUUAGCACACAGCAAGCAAGGCCAGAUUUAGGAAACUUAGCUGGGGGUGCGAGUGCCUCUGUUAUUUCUAUUUAAGUGGGUAGUGCACACUAGAUUAUUUUCUUUCAAAACAGAUCACCAUGGUGCUACAGUUUUUUUUUUUCUUGAAAUGCAAAGAGGCAUUUUUUUGUGAAUAAAGUGACCUUCCCCAGGGCUGAAUUAGUAGUUGGUAGCCUUGUAUGCAGCUCUGGGUGAUGAUAUGUUCUAAGUAGAGGAUUUCAGUGGCCAGAGGAAACAUGUUUGGAACACAGGAUAUCCAGUGUGUUCUUGAUUUGUCUCCCCUGCAAGUUCCACCAUCAUGGGAAUAAAAAAGAGCCAGAAGAAGCCAGGACAGCCAAUCAGCAUUGUUUGGUGGGGCGGGGGGGUAAGGGAGAUAAGAAAAGUGUUUGAAAGUAAGGAAUACAAAUUGAAGUGUUGAUUUUAUAUCUUUUCCCUUUCCAACACAGUUUGAACAGUAGAGGAAAUAUGUUUAUCAGCAGGAGAUAAACCAGGUGGGCUCCCAAAGACUUCAACAAAAUAUUUUUUUAAAAAUCCACUAGAAUAGAAAAUACAUUAUUUAGAUAUACUUUAUGCUGAGAGUGAGUAUAUAUGCUUGUCCUAUUUAAACAUGAGAAAAGUGGUAACCCUUGAUGCAAUUAGGAAUAUGAGGACUGUUUUGUUUGAUGGAAUUGGGGAAUCUGUUUAAGGAAUCCUGUUUAAGGAAUCUGAGCAUGACCAAGAAAGGACUUGAGAAGUCAUUCACCAGGAAAUGCAAGCCUUGGGGUUUCUAUUGGAGAGGGUACCAUGAUCUUUGAAAUCUGAAAUAUAGUCAGGGAAAUGUGUCAGGCCAAUAUCAAAACAAAGCCUUUCAAACAAAAUCUGAUGAUUAUGAUUAUGUUGAAUGUGAAAAAAAUGGAACCCAUUCCAACAAAACAAGGGAUUUUAUCUAUUAGUUUUACAGAAAAAGAUAGUUUAAAAAUUAAUAGGGGUUGGUAAUGGGCUGCAUUUUGUGAAUAUGAUAAUAAAUUAAAUUAAAUUAAAAAGAGCUGCUUCUAGAAUUCUGAACAGUCCAUGAUCCAAAAAAGAGAAAAGGAAGUUGUACACAUGUUAAACUAAAAUCUGGGAUUGCCUGAUACUAUACAGUAUGGAUAUUGAUGCAGAAGCUGCCCUUGAGAUAGAAUCAAGGAAAUUUCUACUAAUAUCGAACACACACAAUAAAAAACCACGGUCUAGACACUGAAAAAAAAUCACCAUUUCAUUACGAUAUAGUCAGUAAAUUUCCCUUUCUCCAGCAUGGAUAGUUGAUGCACAUGCUAACGUAUCCUUUAACUAAGAAUUACAGAACUUUGGGGGAGGUGGGCUUAAGGAUAAAAAACACCUUAGAAUAGACAGAGAAAAGAUAAUAUUGCUCGGUAAGCGUAUUUAAAGAGAUUCAAAUUGGUUGCACUUAGUCAUACUUAUAUUGAUAGUGCUGAUUUUAUUUUAGAAGUGGUGAAUUUCAUUGUGUUCUAUCAUUUGUCUAUCAAUGAUAAUGAACUCUCACAACCAUAGGUUUAGUUUGACUUCUAUAUUGGGGAGGGAGAGCUCCAGUCAGGACAAUGGGGUUGCGUGGGGAGGGGGGGAAUUCCAUGCCUGCCCAAGGCUUGCAGUUUUUGGGGUGGGGCAAUGUCCCCCAUCUCCUCCAAGUUAUGCCCAUGCUUAAAACCCACACUUAUCAACAGCAAACUUUUUUUCACUAGUGUUUUCCACAAUGAAAUUCAAUCCUUUAUUUUACCACGUUGCCAGCGCUAACUAAAUUAAUAGCAGCAAGACUAUCACUGCUAAUGGACAGACUACUACGCUACAUAGACUAAUAUAACUGUGAAUUGCAAGCUUACCGGACAUCAGCUUGGAUAAUUGAUGGCAUCAGGCAAUCCCAGUCAUAUCAAGUAAGCAAGAGCUGUAAACCAUUGAAUCUUUGGUGUGUGUUGUGCUGAGUUACAAAACUCUGGAAGCUUUGAAGGAUGUUGGUGGAAGUUUA